GACUAACAGGGUUAUUUACUAAAGUGAGACUUAAAACUCAAUUUCAAAUUUAAGGUUAAAUAGCUGAACUGGAAACAUUCUCUAAGUCAGCUAUGCUUCCCUGACCUUAAAUUUAAAAUGUAAGUUGAAUACUCACUUUAGUGGAUAUAAGAUUGGUAGAGAUUUCUAGGAAGCAAGUUCAACUAUUUUUAUUGAGCGCAGUAAUUAAAAUUGUUUCUCUUUUGCAGAAGCAUUUUCUUUUAAAGAAAAUUCCAGGUUAAUUUCAAAGUUAUUAGAAAUUACAGGUAAGAAACUAUGUUAAAAGUGCAUUUUACAUCUUUUAGUAACAGUUUCAUGUAUCUGAACUUUAGUUCAUCAAAUAUGAUCUUCUUAAACAAGGAUGUGGAAUUCCUAUCACCUGACACCUGGGACAAGUAGUUCCAAGUGCUGGGUGUCAGUUUGGUUUCUUUACUCUUCUGCGUGCAAGUAGCAUUGCAGCUAUAAAGUGUGUAUGGUCAUGGAUCCUACAAAGACAUCAAUGUUUUACCUUGCGCAUGCAUGAGAGUACCGCACUAACCUGACUUCUUUUGGAUGAAGCAAAGAAGAUGGCAGCGAAUAUGGAGUCAGAUUAACCAUUUAGUAACCUGAUUGCUUUUCAAUUUUCUUACUGUUUGGGACCAGGGCUGUUUUUACAUUUCUGCAGUGUUUGUGGUUAGCUGUAAUUUUCAUCUUACUCAUUUACUGUACCCACACAUUAUAUACAGUUUCUCUCCCCACUGAAUGGUCUUUCUAAAUGUACCAUUAUUUUCAUAAUAUCAUAUAAUUUACUAUAUAAAAAAAUAUAAAAUAUAAUGAAAGAAUUAAAAAAAAAACACUUUUUCUAACUUUGACCCCCAAAAUCUGUUACGCAUCUACAACUGCCAAAAAACACCCAUGCUAAAUAGUUUCAAAAUUUUGUCCUGAGUUUAGAAAUACCCAAUGUUAGCAUGUUCUUAGCUUUUUUUUUUUUGGAAAUUUACAGGGCUAUAUGUACAAGUAGCUAGUUCCAAACCAUUUUUGUUAAAUGAACGCAAGUUACAUUGUAACACUGAUAUCUGUAAGGAAUCCGUGAAUAACCCUUCACAUGUAUAUAUUUUUUUUAGACAAAGCCAACCUAAGGUAUUAAAUUUGGGAUAUUUUUACUCUUUUUACCACCAAUCUGUGCCAAAUAAAAAAAAUAAAAAUAAAAUUUUAAAAAAAAAAAAUUUUGACACACAUAGCAAUUUAAGAAUAAAUGUACAGAGAACUUUCAUGGUUACUGCCAAAGAACACCCCAAUAUGUGUUCAGCAACAUCUCCUGAGUACAGUGAUACCACCCAUGUAUAGGUGUGUUGGGUUCUCUGGGGGCUAAAAUACUUUAUUUGGAGCAAGCGCAGUCCAGAUUUCCAACUUGGAAUUUUCACAGCUGGUUAUCAUCCAGCCAAUUUAAUUUAACCCCUUCAAACCAUAUAUUUUUGAAAAGUAGACAACCCAGGGUAUUCAAUAUGGGGUAUGACUAGUCUUUUUUUAGUAGCCACUUAGUCACAAACACUGGCCAAAGUUAGCAUUUGUAUUUGUUUGUUAAAAAUGCAAAAAACAAUUAUGAAUGCUAACUUUUGGCCACUGUUUGUGACUAAGUGGCUACUAAAAAGACUGAUUAUACCCCAUUUGCAAUACCUUGGGUUGUCUUCUUUUGCAAAUAGUAUGCCAUCAUGAGGGUAAUCUCAUUCCCGGACUACCAUACUCUCUCAAAGGCAACAUAACUGUUAACAACCGUUUUGUCUGAUGUACCCUGUACGUCUGCGGUCAUUAACGAGUUAAAGGGACACUAUAGUCACCAGAACUACCGCUUAUUAGAUUUGUAUUGGUGAGUAUAAUCAUUGCCUUCAGGCUUUUCGCAGUAAACACUGCCUUUUCAGAGAAAAGGCAGUGUUUACAUUGCAGUCUAGUGACAAUAUCACUGGCCACCCCCCAAUGGCUACUAGAGGAUUCAGUGUCUCCACCCAUUGAUUCAAUGCAUCUCUGAGGAGAUGCUGAUUGGCCAGGGUUGUGUUUGGAUUGUGCUGGCCCUUCCCCUGAUCUGCCUCCUUGACCACCUCAGCUGUAGAGUCAGGAAUACAUGUUUGUGUUCCUGACCCUAUAGUGUUCCUUUAAGGUAAGUAUAUUCCUUCCACUCUAUCCUUGGCCCUCUGUACCCCUAGUGGGGAUGUCACCUUAUGGGGACUUUGCAAAAUAUGCAAAAUCCUUUGAAAGUUAUCGGUUUGCUGUUAAACAAAAUUUACUCUAGUAUUCAAUAUAUUUGAGGUUUUUAAGAGAGAGGGGGAACAAUAAAUAUAUCACAUGGUAUACCCAAAUCUUCAAAGGAAAUCAUAUUCUACUAUGGAGUGAUUAUUGUAUUAUAAUUUCCUUUGCCUUUUUUUUUUUUUAAAUAGAAAAAUAGACCUUUUCAAAAUGGGUAGAUCAAACACCAGAUCUCAUUCUUCAAGGUCAAAGUCUCGAUCUCCAUCAUCAUCUAGGUCGAGAUCACAUUCACGGAAAAAAAGAUACAGGUAAGUAGACUGCUCUUUUUUUGGUGUUUGGUGAUCCUGCAAUUUCUUUUCAAAGAGCCAAAAAUAUGACUGUGUAACUGUAUUACAGUCGGUGAAGACUAGAUUGCUGUAGCCAGCAAAAAUACAAUCACCACAAGUAUGUUAAUUUAUAUAUUCGGAACUGAAAAUGAAAUUUAAAUAUGUCUUAAACAAGGAAUUGUAGUGCAGAAAUGUAAGUAACUUUCUUUGAAUUACCUUGGAAAUAAAGAUAUUAAUGUAAUACUCUUAUAACCACUUGACAAAUUGGCUUAUUAUCCUUCUUUACUGCUUGGGACAGGACAAAUAUAAAUAAAGAAUACUGGCUCUUCCUUUUCCCUAAAACCUAACUGUGCCUUGACUCAAAGCUCUUUAAACGAGUAGUAGAUAGUAGGCCACAUGAACUGGUGCUGAAAAAAGUUGAUAGGUUCAUGGAAGGGGCUGUGGAGGUUCACCGUGUAAGCGGUGUGUUCUUCUUAGGUCAUUUCUUUCCUAUACUCACGAAGCAUAACGCUUUUUUAAUGAAAAUGUGCCCUGCCGUUUUGCCUGGUUUUUUCACCCCCUAAAAUGUAAACUGGAAAACUGAUCAGGUAGGGUUAUAUAUUCAGGAGGAUGAGUCAGAUAUUUUUGUUUUGCCACUGGUGAACUGGUAUAUUCACUUGUGUAUGAUAAAGACCAUUCUUUGUAUGUACUUAUACUUAUACUAUUAACAAGGUCAAAUUAUAUUAAUUAAAUUUUAAGUUAAAGCUACUUCAGUGUAGUUUAAUUCAGGUUUUCAAUCCUUUAAAUAAAUGUUAGUUUUAAAACCAUCUCUUGUGUCUUUGGGCCAGCAUAUACCAUUAAAAUGUACAGUGGAAUGAUCAGUUAAAUUCCUAUUGAAUAGACACACAUUUUAAAUUUUAUUCUAAUUUAAGUUCCAGAUCACGGUCCAGAACAUACUCUCGUUCUCGCAGUAGAGAGCGUGUUUACAACAGGGAUUUUCGCAGAGAUUAUAGAAACAAUAGAGGAAUGAGACGUCCCUUUGGCUUCAGAGGGAGAGCAAGAGGUUAUUAUCAAGGAGGAGGUGGAAGAUACCAUCGUGGUGGUUAUAGACCUAUGUGGAAUCGUAGGUACUCACGAAGUCCAAAGCGUGGUCGUUCUCGUUCCAGGAGUCCAAAGAGAAGAUCUGUGUCUUCACAAAGAUCUAGAAGUAGAUCACAUCGAUCCUACAAGUCUUCUCAAUCACCCAGAUCCUCAUCUUCUCGAUCCUCAUCACGUUACAGCAGGUCACCUGUCACAAAAUCUCGUAAUUCCCAGGAGAAAAAGUCACAGAGAAUUGAUGGGGAUAAAUCAGAAAUUCCCUUGAAUACUAAAACAUGUGAUGAUCAAAAGGAUGCAUUUGACCCAUCUGAACCUUUAGAUGAACUUGUCAAAGAUUUAGAUCUUCAUGGGGAAAGCUGGGCAGGUCUGUCUGCAUAUGAUAACAGUCCCAGGUCACCUUGUAGCCCAUCGCCUGUGGCUUCACCCCCAAGUGAGGGUUCAUCACAUUCUGAUGGCCCUAUUUUGAGUGUUGCCCACUCUACUAAAGACACAUUGUCUCAAAAUUCACAUUCCAUUGCACAAACUCCAGAGAGGUCUGGAUCUGGUGGCAAUGGCUCAACACGCUAUAGUCCCUCACAAAAUAGCCCUAUUCACAUGCCUGCCCAUAAAAGCCCAACAAAACCUGUUUUGGCACAGAAUCCUACACGAGAAGAGGGCCGUUCUCGCUAUUCUGUGUAUAUGGAUCCUGUAGAGCAGGAAGUUAACAAGGGUCCCAAGUUCCUUAAAAGGUAAGAUCACUAAGUAAGAAAAUGUUUCCAUAUUUUGCUGUAAAUGUUUGUUUUUUAAAAAAAAAAUAUAUUUUUUUUUAUUUCAUGCUAUGUCAAACUCUUAAUCCAUUUAGGGAGUUUUAUGCUGUCCUACAUAAAGUGGGCUUUAAAGCCUGUAGCGCACCAUAGAAUGCCCAGCAUAUUCGGUGUGUGCAUCCCUGUUCAAACCAGGAAGGCUCUCCUCUAUCUGCCAUUUUUAGUGCCUGUUAAAUCCCUGCUCACACCACUAACCCCAGGUUUCAGUGGAUACCUGGGUCUCCUCUGAGUUUGCUGGGGACAAUUUUACUGGCCUUAGACUUUUUGACGAGCUGCUUGAAGUGCUGCAAGUUUCACUUUAGGCAUUAAAAUGCCUACGUAGUGAUUGCAGUGUGAGCAGGGUUAAAUCCCUGCUCACACCACUAACCUUAGGUAUCAAUGGAUACCUCGGGCUCCUGUAAGUUAGCUGGGACCAUUUUUAGUGGCCCCCUACUGACUAAUGAGCUCUGUUCAGCGAUUGGUCUCCAAGCCUGUCCCAAGCCAGGUACCCAGCAUCGAUCCCUGUAUAUUCGCCUGUGAACCAAGUGUAAUUCUGAAAACUGCCUGUAGAUGGUGGCAAUAUCAGAGGCUGACUUCUGCAGUCCCUUGCAUUUGCUUGCAAAAUGCGGAAUUGCAACACAGCUGCUUUAAAGUCACAACACCCAACAGGGUGCAGAUUGAGCUGUCAAAUGUAGUGCAUCACAGAGACAGCAUACUAACAUCAGGGACCUGUUACAAACCUCCCAUGUUCUCACAGGCAACAGGUGAGCAGUAAGAGAAAGGAGAGCAAGAAUAAUUAAACUGGCAAGUGUGUGUGUUCUCUAUUGCCUCUUUUGGUGUGUCUUUUUAGAUCAGGGGUAGGUAACCUCCGGCACUCCAGAUGCCUUUUCUGCAGGUAUUUAAUGUUUGAAUGGCAAGUGUCCAGACUGUUGCUACAUUUCUCUGUUUGUCGGUUAUAAAUAUAUUGCCUGGCUUCCAACAUUCCAAGUAAACGUAUCAAUCGCUGUUCCAGUAACUUUUUAAAUCUCUUGAUGUGAUUGACAUUUUGUGACAUAAAAAAGUUAGUGACACUAAAUAAAAUAACUGCUACAGCUUAUUGAUGUUGAUAUGCUAGGAGUCUGUAUGUGAUCUCUUCUGGUGUCCAUAGUUGCAUAUUCCUGUUGCUGCUUUGAUGUGGUCUGUCAACCUAUCUUAAGUGUCCAAGAUCAGACUGCUUUGUACUGCUAAUUCAUAUAUGAAACUUCUGUAUUUGUGUGCCUACAGAUGAGUCUGUCUAACUGUAGGUGAGAGGAGAGAAUCAAUUUGUUUGUGUUGGUGUAUUAAAAGCUGUUUAAGAAAAAGAGAUAGGUGGGGACUUCUUGCAAACUGUAGUGAUUAUGGUCAAUAGAGUCCCCUUGUAAUCACAGCCUAUCAAUCCUGCAUGUGUGUAUAGCUGUCUAUAUCUGUAUGUAUAAAUCUCCUAUAUCUCUUGUUUGCAGGUAUACAGAUGAAGAACAUAGGUUGUUCCCAAUUGAAAAGAUCAGUGCAAGAGAAAAAGAAAGUCAGAAGGAAAGAAGUUCGGAUAAAGGAAAAAGGGAAUGUAGCAGAGUCUGGGGUGAUCAUGAAGUUUCAGAUUAUUUUGGGGAAAAAGAUAGUGUAAAACCUCAGUUCUUAGCCAUUUCUGAAACUGAAGAUCUAGAAGAGCCAGAGGAUUAUAGGCAAUUUAGAAAGGCAGUCCUUGCAGAUCAGGGCAAAGGAAUAUCCACUAUGUCUCACUGGAACUCUGAGGAUGAAGGAACAAAAUACAAGACUAAGGUUUUAGUGAAAGGUGCUAAAGAAGGAGAGAAAACUAGGGAAGGAAAGGGACAUAAAGGAGCUUCAAAAGAUAAGCACAAGGAUGAUGAGAAAAAUACAGAGAGGUCAUUGGGGAAGAAAGACAGCCAGUCACAUGAUCAGGCAAAGUUAGAGAAGAUGAAAGACAUAUUUGAUUACAGCAUUCCUUUACAUCAGAGUGUUGAUGGAAGAGAGAAGGUGAUGUUCAGGGAAGAGAGCCCACUUAGAAUGAAAGUAAUAGUGUCUGAAUCACAUCAUCCUGAGGUCAAACUCCGAACGUUCAAUGUACCACUUGAUGAUAGCAGGUAAUUUUCAUUAAAAAAGUUGAUUUAUUUUUUUUUUUUUCUUGCAUUUCCUUCUUUGUUAACUUACAAAUUUUUCUCUUGUUCAAAGGCCACCGUCACUGACUAAUGACCGGCUUCUAGCGAGUACGCUUGUCCAUUCAGUGAAGAAAGUACAAGACUUCCGUUGCAUCUUUGACCACAUGAAGAUUUCCUUCUCCAGCAAAGCAUCCCCAGAAAUAUUUACCUACCACAUUGUAUCGUUAGUUCAGCAUGUGAAAGGUAAGCACAUUUGUACUGCUGCAUUUUUCCAAGUUAUUGAUCCGUUUUCUUUUCAACUUAGGCUUUCUGAAUAGUGAACCUAUUUUCAGCAAAAUGUCUUAAUGGAGUGGACCACCUUAUUCUAUGUCUGCUUUUAGUUCCGAUCUUUUAGAUGGAAUAUUACCAUGUGCACCCAACGACUAGCUUCGCUUGCUCUAUUUUAUUAACCGUAUAAAAUCUUAAUCUAAUCAGAUCACUUUUUGUUUGACCUGUGCUUUUAGCUACAAGUUUAGGUAGCAAAAACAAAGGACAUGUUUCAUAUACUUUGCUAUGCCUUCGGUUUAAUUCACUAUAUGCAGUCAGUAAGAUUGAACAACUUUAAGAUACUUAGACAAUCAUUUUUCAUGUUGGUGUUCAUUUAACUCUCAGAUCGCUGGUCCAGUCAAAGGUGUGUCAAAUAACUGAGCUCUGUCAGUCUAAUGCUUGUUAUAGAGAAGCAUUAACAGGGUUUGGCAUCAUCAUGCUUUGCGUAAUGACACUGAAUGUGAAGACCUUCAAAAAUUGAAUGUAUUGAGAGAUUUUUGUAACUAUGUUGUAGCCACUAGAGGAAUGUUUAAAUGAUGCAGAUUUAUAUGGAAAAUUGAAAUGUUCAUGUAAUUAUGUUUGGUGUAUUUUCAUCUUCCUGUAUACAUAGGUAAAUGAACAAGCAAGUUAAUGACCCAAGUGACCAUUUCAGUUUUUUGGUUUUUUUAAAUUACCUGUUGAAUUUUAUUGAUCCUAUAUUCUCAGACAAGCGAAUAGAACACAUUAUCUUUCAGAUAGACAAUCAAAAACCUUAAAUUAAGACUGAAGUGUUUUUUUUGGUUGUUUUUUUUAUUUCCAUCAGACCACAUUUUUCAGUUCCGUUGAUAGUUCCAUGGUUUCAUACAGCUUGAUCCAACAGUUGCCAAAAUAAUUGCAAAAUCUGUAUAAUUUUGUUAGAAUAGAUAAUGUCACCAUUGGCUGUGUUAGGCUCAUCCCUUCAUUGAUAUAUGUGUAGGGCUUAGGUAAAACGAAUAGCAGUAUGUGGGACUAUUUAGGGCUGCAUACACAAAUCCUCCACAAGCCUACAAUCUCUGUAAGGCACCAUCUCUCUCUAAGUGAAACAUAAAAACUGAUGGCAUCCUUAUGUUUUUUGCAAUUUAAAUAUGUGUAAAAAGACUGGAUUGUUUUGAGCAUACUGGGAUAUACUUCUUAAACAAGAUAAAUCCUAAUAUAUUUCUGGCAAAGCACUUUAAACAAAUGAAAAUGCUAAAUAUACAGGAUUAAUCUAUAAACCUUUGUUCUCGAUGCAUUCUGACUUAUCUCCUCAGUGGUAGGUGUAAAAUAACAUCUAAUUUUUUGGGGGGAGACUUUGUACCACCCCAUAGUUAUACGUCCUUGAAGGAAUCUAAGCCAGGGUAUAGUUUACAAUCUGUGUUUUGGUAUAACUUGUCAACGUUAACAUAGUUUUACCGUUAAUGUGGCACAUCUUCCUUAUGUCAUGAGUUUGUAUAAUUUAUCAAGUACUAUUUUUUUUUUUUUUUUGUGAAAUGCUUUUUGCCCAAAAAGUGCAGAGUAAAACUGUAUACCAAAAAAAAUGAGCAAUCUUAGGUGGGCCACCCCCGUUUUUUUUUUUUUUUUUGUUGUUACAAUAUGUGAUUCACAGCUUCCGUGAGAAACCACACCAUUUAAAAGUCCAUACAACGUUGCUCUGUUCAGUACGUUUCAAAAAGGGUGGGAGGGAUUUAUAUUUAUCUUGAAUGCUUAAUAAUAAGCUUUAUGUGAAAGAAAAAAGGUCAACCCUAAAGGGUUCAGUAAUACAUUAAAUUGAAUUGCUUUUCUAUAAUAUAGCACACCUUGGGAAAUUGAAAAUGUCGUUAAUUGUUUGUUCUUGCAAAAUUCCCUACGUUUUUAAAGAAAGCAGUUAAUAAGUAAACAAACACUGACACAAAUUUAAUUGUGCAUUAUUUUAAGUGCUGUUCUAUUUGUUGGCGUUUUCCAAGCACAUGUACACAGCUCUCUAUUGAUCAUGAGCUGAAAUUGCCCAAGUGUUGAUUUCUUUUUCAUUGUGACUAGGUGCUGGAAAAAAUAUUUUGAAAUGGCAAAUCCCUGUAACACAAUAAAAUAUACUGUUGCUGAUGCAAAAACAUGCAAAACAAGUCUUCCUGGCACAAAUGGCCUAAAAUGAAUUACUAGCUCCAAAAAUUCCUGGGUAUGAUGGAAUUAAUCUUACAGCCCUAUCCUUAUAGUGGCUCUUGCAAGUUGUAAUGCUUGGUUUUAAAGCAUGUACUGGAUGCUGGGCGGUAAGUGGACACAAGCUGUAUGUUGACCAUUUUUUAAUUUAACUUUUUUUUUUUUCAAGAGGGUAUUGUGUAUCUCAUACAUUAUAAAUCAUCACUUUCUCCAUUGUAUUACAUUGUCAGAGGUUAUGCUGUAUUAGCCUAAUAAAUAUUUAAUGUAUAGUUAAUAAUAAAAGUUUGUUUUUCUUCAAAGGAUAAUCCAAGCACAAUAACUAUUACAGCUUAUUGGUUAUAUUGCAAGGAGGCUAGGGGUGCAGUUACUUUAUUUUAAUUUAAUAGUUUGGGGGGGGGAGGGGAAGGGAAGAAAGCCCCCUCAACUUGCAAUAGUUUCCAUGUUUUUGUAUUGUCAAAUUGUCUUAUGGAAAAGAUGAAGAGAAAAUAAUGGCACCCAUAGAUUCGUUGAACUACGUACAUUAAAAUAAGCUGUAGUUUCUGUGUUUGGAGUGUACCUAUAAGUUGCUUUCAUGUAAAUAUUUACUUUUGUAUCAUUUACACUGGGCUCCUGUCUAGCAUAAAAUAGGGAUAUAAUAUAAAAUCUAUGUGACAUAGGACACCUGGUCAUGAAUCUUUCAGCCCAAGGAGUAGAAAUGUUUUUUUUCACAAUACAGAAUGAGGUUUUAUGUAAACAAGUAAUAGUUUUUAUGGCAUUUAGUGUUAUUUUUUUUUUAAGUGCGUGCUAUACAAUUUAACAUAGAAUAUUAUAUAAAUGUUAGAUUAACGUAAUUUAUAUACCUGGCAAUCGAAUGGACUAAGUCUGAGUGCAGGGACUACUUGGGGAAAUAUACAGGAUAUGUAUUAGCAGCUGCUACCAUUAAUUCAGUCUCUAUUGAUGCUGAAAUGCCAGAAGAAGAGCUUAAGAAAUAGUACAGUUUGCUCUCACCAUCUUCCCUUCUGUCAUAUAACGAAAGGUAAAUGGCUACAAUAAGGAUAUCAACUGCUGCCAUAUCUUGACAGUAUCAGGGCAGACUGGGACACAUUGACAGUAACGGAACCCUGGCGCAAAUGCUAGCUCUCACCAUAAUUAAAAUAAAUAAAUAAAUACAUAAUGCAUAAGAGUGCAAAUAGUGAACAUUUUGUGAAAAAACAGACGCUUAAAUACAUAUACAAACACAAAGAUAAAGCACCGUGCUUACAGCAGCAGCUUAGUAUCCAAUAGCUUAAAAUACAUACAAUAGCUCUGUCCUAAAUCCCCAUGUACACCUAUUAAGGCUUGCCUUGACGUGGCAGGUGAGCUUAUAUAUUCAAAUGGCCAUUAGAAUAAAACUAAAGAGCCUCCAUUUUGUUUAAAUGUACAUGGGGAUUUAGGCCAGAGCGCAGGUAACGCUCGCUUUGCUUAAAUACAUAUAGUGACAAAAUAAAUCAAGCUGCUACCACUGCUGUACGUUUCUCCUUCCUUAACACAAUAAAAUAAACUGGUUGAGUGGUCAAACAGCCCACAAAAGUAAGUAUGGUGAAGUGCCUGAAAAGGGGGGAAAAGUUCUUACAGAAGGAACAUAUCGAGUUUCAAUAAUAGGAUUAAAUGAUACACGUGGUGAUAGUUAUUGCAAACACUCACAUUGAGCAGAGCAUCAAUAAGUAUAGGCUCAAAAGCUCACUUGUGCUUUGGUGACCCUGUCCCUCUUCCAAUUGAUGAUCUGGUACAGAGCUCUGGUAAAUUGUGGAGUACAAGACCAAUCAGGAUGAAGACACUGAUAUAAAUAUGAAACCGGAUCAGAAAGAAUUACACAGACUGAAAAGCAAAGGACUGGAAAAACGCGUGUCAGGGAUACCAUACCAUAUUAUUGAUUUCAUUGUUUAUUUCAAUAAAUGUAAUUACUUUGAACUAUUUAGUCCUGUGGGUCCUAUUCAACCUAUCUGACCCAGCUAGGAGGGCUUGUGACCCCCUUUAUUGGCACAAAUACUCUUACCUAGGGCCAGGUCACAAAGGGUUCUGUACCGAAUCAUCAGUUGGAACAGGGGCAGUGUCAAUAAAGUGCACACAUGGUAGUGUGAUUUGAGGCUCUGCUCAAUGUGAGUGUUUCCAAUGACUAUUACCACGUGUAUUUAUUAAAUGUGUAUUGAUUUUCCCUUCUAUAGGAAGAACUCUCUCCCCUUUUUAAGGGGAAAGUGUUUGUAUUUUUGGCACUUUACCAUACUCACUUGUGUGGGCUGUUUGACCACUCAGUGACUUUAUUUUAUACAUACGUAAUGCUGAAGAGUCUGAGAAGCAUAAUGUCAUCAUGAUGUUCUGGAGACUUGAAUAAAUCACUUUACAUUGCGUGUUGAAGUUAAUGGUCAUGUCACCAGAAACCUUUUGAUUGCAUUGUUUUAUGUAUCCUGUGUUAUUAACUUGUUUAGUAAUAGCCGGAAAUAUAGUUCAGUGGUUACAAAAGCAAGCUUUAGAAUGUUAGAGAGUUAAAAGUUUGAUUCUUGGCACGGUAUAAAGCCUUUCAUCUGUCAAAGAAGUUUAAAAAUACUUCCAUCAAGUUUGGUAACGUCUCAACCCCAAUAUAUAACUGAAGAACGGCUUAAUGCACUUUUUAAAUUUGCUUUAAUUUGCAUUUCCUGGUUAAUAAUUUUAUAUUAUUAGCAGGUAUUGUGUUCUAGAACUAAUAGUGUGGAUUUCUAAGUGGUUUUAAUUCCCCUUCACGCAAGACCCUCCUAUAGGUUAUUGCUAUACAUGUCUGCACAGUAUAUAGUAAUAUUUAGUCAUGCCAAUGCUACAGCCCCUCCUGAAGGGAUUGUCUCCUUGCAUGAUAACCAUAUGUAUAUAGAGUGAUUAUAGCUCACUCUUAAUGAUUCUGUAAAGCCUACAUCCACAAUAGUUUCCUGACAAUUUUUUUUUUUUUUUUUCCAGUACAGUUGUGGGGUUUGUACUUUUGUUUGUAACCUUGCACCAGAAUGAGAUUUCCAGAAUAACUUGUUAUAAAUUCACACUGCGGUCAAAAGUUGAACAACUUUGAUGGCUAAAAUGAUCUCACAUCUGGUUGUAUGAUGGACAGUAUGUAUUCACAGUUCAUCCACUUGGUUCUCAGUCAACACAUCCCGGUGCUUUUAAGUGGAUUAAACAGAAACAGUUGAAAUGGACUUGAGCAAUAGCGUCUGUUUGCAUAAUAUGUCAUUUUCUGUUGAUCUGCUUUUAUUGACUUUUACACUGUUUGUGGACAGAUAAUUCAGCUCUAUUUGUGAUUUAGUUUACAAACUUCUAGUUGCAUUGAUUUUAGUUUCAUUUUUUCCCUCCUAAAAUUACCAUGCUGCUUGAUGAUUGAGCCGUAGUUUAAUAGACAUCUAAGAGUUUUAGGAGUUUUUCAAAUUUUUUUCCCCUUCGUUUGGACACAUAAUAGCAUGUAUUAACUCUAUAAUUUCACAUUAAGUGAUCAUAACAAUAAUAUCCUCAGAUUCUGAAAGCAUACAGGGGUGAGUUUAAAUGUAACUUUUUUUUUGUUUUUUGUUUUUUUUGUUUUUUUCUCUUAUUAGGAUUGAAUAUGUUUUACUUGUUCAUAUCCUGCAAGUCCCACUGUCAGGAAUGUGGCUUUGUAUGUUAAGGGGAGUUAAACUAAUGAGGCAGUGUUUCUCCUCUAAAACCAACAGAGCAUUACUUCAAGGGUGACGGAAAGACCCUCAGUGAACGAUUUGCAGGCUAUAAGAAAGUCACUGAGGCACAAGGCAACCGCCCAAAGAGUCCUGAGAUACACAGGUAUGUUGUUGCUUCAGUGGCAGGUGCAGACUAAACCAGAUUUAUUUUUUCAAUGUUACUGGUUACUACAGUUCUGGCAUUGCUUAAAAUGUGGAUCUUACAAAAUAACAAGGCCCUUACAAAGAUGGACACUGUUUAUGACUUCUGCUGUCCUUGGAAUGUAACCUCUCUUUUCACAUCUAAUCAGCAAUUUCCCAUAUAACUUCCCUCAAAACUCGGAAACCCACUUACUCAUAAAAGCCUUCAAUUCACCCUUUAUAUUUUUGCUCACUCAUGAUCUCACUGCCUCCUCCCAUUAGUACCCUUUGUCUCAUCAGUGUACUCAGUGCCUGAUCUUUGCAUGGAUAAGUGAGCUAUGUAAACAUGUUGAAUUAUCUGCCAUCCUCAUGUUUGUUUUCUUCAUUUAUUUUUUAAAGCUCAACAUUAUGAAGUGUUUUUGUUUGAAAUCAUCUAGUGCUCAUGUAGUAUAUGCCCUGGAUGUAAUAUGCAUAUGUUAAUUAUAAGGGAUAGUAUUUCAUUACACACUUAAAGGGACACUAUAGUCACCCAGACCACUUCAGCUCAAUGAAGUGGUCUGGGUGCCAGGUCCCUCUAGGGUUAACCCUGCCUGCUGUAAACAUAGCAGUUUCAGAGAAACUAUGUUUACAUUUGGUGUUAAGCCCAUCUCUAGUGGCUGUCUUCCGGACAGCCACUACAGGCGCAUCUGCGACACUGGAGGCAUUUAAUGCCUCCAUCACGCAGAGCGUCCGUAGGAAAGCAUUGAAAAAUGCUUUCCUAUGGUCUCUUUGAAUGCGCAUUCCGCUUGGCUGUCGUCAGACGGGGGAGGAGGAGAGGUAAGGGAGCCCGGGGGUGGAAUAAGGUGAGUAACUGAAGGUGUUUUAACCCCUUAAGCACCACGGGAGGGUGACCCUGAGGGUGGGGGCACCCUCAGGGUACUAUAGUGUCAGGAAAACCGAUUGUUUUCUUGACACUAUAGUGAUCCUUUAAUAUCUGUCACUUUCCUAAAAAAAAACAAAACAAAAAAAAACUACUAAUCUAAAAUUUAAUUAGACUGUGAGAUAGCUUAGUGCAAAGUCCUGAAAUAUUAAUCUCUAUUCCUGGAAAGGUCAAUUCAGACUUUCAUCCUUCCAAGGUUGAUUCAAUCCGAAUUCGAGAUAUGCAAAAAAACUAGCAGGAAGGCUAAAUGUACAGUUUCCUGUUUAAAUAUGUUGAUUUUUUUAUUAUUGGUAUUUGGUUGCUUCCAUCUUAAUACAGGAGGAUAGACAUAUCUCCUCAUGUGCCAAGGAAACAAGCUCGUUUGCAGGGAGAGGAAAAAAAUGUGAAAGAAGAACCUUCAAAGGUAAUCGAUGGUGUUUAGUCUGUUACAGUAGAACAAAAUGUGAAAUAUCUAGUAAUGUGAAAGGUAUUGUAGAACACACACUUUGGACUGCAGACUAGUAUAUAUGUGCAUUGUCUUUUAUUUUUAUUUUUUUUCCCCCAUUGCAUUUAUCUCUGUUGCACAAUUGCCUAAUUGUACACAGACUUGUUUUCUGUCCUCUAUUACAAUGGUGCUAAUGAUAGUAAGAAAACCGUGUUAAUGAAUGAUUGUAAAUGUGUAUUCCUAACGAUAGUGUCUUUGUUCUCACCCUUUAUCCUACGUGGUGCUACUCUCUCUGCAGCUCGGCCUGCCUCCUUGGCUGAAAUUAUCAGUCUUGAUGAUCUCAGCCAAACCAAUGCUAUCCCAUGUAUUUACACUGCAAGGUUAAAAUGUGGAGGACUGUUGAGAUGAAAUGGUUUCGAUGCCUCUAGUGUCCCUUUAACAAGUUUUAGGAAGGAAAAGCUUUUUUUUUUUUUUUUUAAACAAUGCUGAGACUCACUCAGUACAGCCAUCGGCUCCUCCUCCCAUGACAUUUGACAAGCUUCUAAUCCAAUGCUUCUCACAGCAUGCAUGCUCCUCCAAUCGAAUUAUUUCUAUGAGAGUGAUGUGUGUGAGCAGAGUCUGACUCCAUUCUUACAGCAGAAGUGUCCCUAGUGGCCGUCACUAGAAUUGUGUUUAGCCCUGCAAUGCACACAUUGUCAUAUCUACUAAACGGACUGAAAUGACAGGUGAGUUGGACCCACACCACUUCAUUGAGAUGAAGUGGUCUGGGUGCCUAUAGCAUCUUUGAAAUAUGGUUGAGACAAUGCUGUAGAAUGAGUCCUCAUUUUUUUUUGCCUCUUUCUGCAUGUUUGUAAAACAUGCAGAAC